AUGCAAUUAAUAAGAAUAGAAAAAGAAAAGGAGUUUGAGAAUGACUUUUGGAUUCCAUUAGUGGGUAGUCGUGUACUAUGUAAAGUGGAGGGAUAUCCUGAUGGUCCUGGAAUGAUAAUACCUAUCAAAUUGGCUCCUACUGCUAUUAUUGAAGAUAGACCAAAAAUAGGAGAUGAUCUUUAUCUUGUUUCCUUUUAUCAUGAUAGCUCUUAUUAUUGGGCAAUAAGAGACGAUCUAUCCUUGUUAACAAACACUAAGAUUGAAUUGUUCUUAAACGAUAAAGUACUCAAUUCUCAGGAGACAACCAGACCAUUUGAUCAGUAUUUGAUUAAAGCAUACAAAGAUGCUAAAAAAUAUUCUCAUUUAUCUCAAUUCAUAAGCUAUAAAGAUUUUCCUGAACAAAAAGUUAUUGAUUUACCAUACCAGCUGAUCCAAAAAUAUGAAAUAGCAGUCAAAUGUUUAUUAAAAAGUAUACUCAUUUUGGAUGAUAAAAAAGAAUCAAAAAAUACCAUGCAAGAUGGUAUUUUUCAAAUUGGUGGAUUGGUACACCUGGACAAACGAAUUGAGUACCCAUUAAAUAUUCAAGAUAAUAAUCCUACUACUGACGCUGAUAAAAAUUUCAAUAAUACCAAUAACAAUACCACACAUGGUAAUGAUAACAAUGCUAAUUCUGAUGUCAGUUUUGGUCCUUUAUUUAACUCCGGUGAACUUAAGACUCAAAACACAGAUACCAGAAAUCAGCACAUUACAGUUAAAAAAGAAAACGAAGAAUUACAAAUUCCCAAUUUCCAUGUUUCAGCAUUGUCGCCUUUGACUUCCAAAAGAAAAGCCAGACAAAGAAAAAAGGGAGCCAGAAGUUUGCAAAGAAAGAAAAUUGGCAAAAAGAUGCUAGGAACCACAGCUGGUGAAAUUCCAGGAAAAGCUCAACAAAGAAGUCUAUCUGCCCUCAACAAUUCUACCAACUCACGUCCUAGCCUCUCUCCAGCAAAAUCGUCUCUCUUCAAGCCUCCUGAUUUCUACAACCAGUAUCCAUACAACCGUUCAUCCAGAUCCACUGAAUCAUCCUACAGCGCUCUAGACUCCUCUCCCAUCACCAAAAAGAAAAAGUACUGA